GCCUGUAAUUAUAGUGAUCGCUUUGUAAAAUUUAUAAAUAUGCAAACAUACUUGCUGCUAUCGAGAGGAUGUUAUGAAAAGAGAUAAUUAAUUUUUACAUGGGAGAUAAUUAAUUUUUUGUUGAAAUUUUGGUUUCCAAAAUUUUGGGUCUAUAAAAAUGUUGACAUAAAAGUUUUUUUUUAAUUGGAAAAUGGAAAUCACAUUAAUGUAAAAGUUUUAUUAUACUGAAGACAAGCAAAAGAUUAUCAUAUUAAUUUUUUAGAUUUCCCAAUAGAUUUGUAACGAAAACAUUGUAAUCAAAACAUAUUAAUUAAUAUUAAAAACGCUUUAACAAGAAAUGAUUUACCAGGAGAGAAACAUAAGAAUGACGAAUAUUCCUUAGUACCACAAGCUGAUGGAUCAUUCCGGUUUAUGUCACAUCGUCAAGCUGAAAAAGAAUUUCUAAAUUUAAUUGUACCACAAGGAAUUUUAAAUGUUGUAUUCUUUUUGUUUACAAGCAAAAAUCAAGAAAUUGGAGAAAUAAUUCAAAUUAAUAACACUUAUAAUUUGAAAGUUUCAAAUUUUAAUCCAAAUUAUCCUACAAGAAUUAUUAUUCAUGGUUGGAGAAAUCGUCAUAAUUCAGCUGUAAAUCGUUUUAUUCGUGAAGCAUAUUUAAAAGUUGGAAAAUAUAAUAUUAUUGUUGUUGAUUGGAGUUCAGCUGCUGAUACAUAUAAUUAUAUUUCAGCUCGUUAUAGUGUUGAAUAUGUUGGAAAUUAUGUUGCUGAAUUUAUUGAUUUUUUACAAAGAGAAAAUCAUUUAUUUUUAUAUACUUUAAUUGUUAUUGGACAUAGUUUAGGUGCACAUGUUGCUGGAUAUGCUGGACAAACAAUUAAAACUGGUAAAAUACCUAUUAUAUAUGGUCUUGAUCCAGCAUAUCCAUUAUUUUCAUUAGAUAAUAUUGAUGAAAGAUUAUCUGAUGAUGAUGCUGAAUAUGUUGAAACAAUUCAAACAAAUGCUGGUAUACUUGGUUUUAAAAUACCAAUUGGUAUUACAACAUUUUAUCCAAAUUGGGGUCUAUAUCAAGAUGGAUGCGGUUAUGAUUGGAAUGGUCAAUGUUCACAUCAAAGAGCAUAUAAAUAUUUUGCAGAAUCAAUUUUAAAAAAUAAUUUCAUUGCAAUUGGUUGUGAAACUUAUGAUGAAUUUUUAAAAAAGAAUUGUUCAAAACCAACAAAACUAACAAAAAUGGCCUCUUUAGAGAAUUAUUCAAAGACUAAAGGAAUUUUUUAUUUAGGAACCAAUGAACAUUUUCCUUAUGGCCGAGGGAAUAAUUAA